AUGGACCCAUUACUGGUUCAAACGAAUGAGGCUUUCCGAAUCCGGGAAUAUCCCGUGCGAGACGGGAAGUGUUUUGUUGCUUUGCAUUUGCUUGGUGGUACCCACUGGGCAUUGGGAGUUUUUGAUUUUCCAAUGCGUAUUGCUCAUGUGUAUGAUUCUCUUGCAUACAAAUAUAAUUACUCCAGCAACUAUUUUGAAAACAACGAACCAGCCGCUCGUAGCCUUUGGAAGAAAAUCACGGAUAUACCAUUGGAGCAAAUAGUAAUAGCUGGUAACGAACAUGUUCAUUCGCAGGUUGAUCACUCUAGCUGCGGAGUUUUCACAUGCUUGUAUGCUGAUCGUCUUGCGAAUAAUAUUGCAACCAAAUCUGAGGUCGCUACACGAUCAUUUCUUCGUUCUGUUCGAAAUUUGAUCGACAGCCGACUUAGAUCGUGCUAUGUAGUUGAUGAAGCUGAUGCAAGCGGUAGCGUUCCUCUACCUCGUAUUUAUGAGCAAACUCUUGAAAAACAGUGUACGCUUUCAUUUGUAGAAAAUGUUAGUGACGAACACCUCAAUAAUGUAGAUGCAAGUGAAAUUUCUGUCCCUGGAAAACUGACUAAAAUCGACAUUCAAAGCAAAAAUUCCGAAAUAAUUAUUCCACCCAGUCGUCCAACAAUUUGCGUGCUGCCACAAUCGAAGAAUUGA